UUUCAGAAAUUAGACCCAAAAAAAGGAAAUUAAAUCCCAAAAAUUCAUCGGUUCUUCAAAUAUAACGGCUUCGAUUCUGCUAAUUAACAGUAGUUGACACUCAAAUUCGUUUCAUAAUUCAACAAAUAAAAGUUUAAUUAGUAUUUUUUAUUUUUUUGGGUCAAAGAUUUUAGGGGUUUUGUGGAAGAAUUGUUGUGAUGGUGGAAGAAACUGAAGUUAACGAGCUGAAGAAGACGGAGAAUGAGAAGAGGAGAAGUGGAUGGAAAUUGGGUCGAUCAGCAAUUGGAGCGAUUGUGGUGUUGAUGAUAGCAUUUGGUGUGACUUUUUUGUAUACACAAAAGGGAAAAUCGUGUCCUUGUUUUCAGGACUCUAGAAAAUAUACUGGGAUAGUUGAAGACUGUUGUUGUGAUUAUGAAACAGUUGACACUAUUAAUGGGGCUGUGCUGCAUCCUUUACUCCAAGGGCUUGUUACAACUCCAUUUUUUAGAUACUUUAAGGUUAAGCUGUGGUGUGACUGCCCUUUUUGGCCUGAUGAUGGUAUGUGUAAGUUACGAGAUUGCAGUGUAUGCGAAUGUCCAGAAAAUGAGUUCCCCGAAUCUUUUAGGAGACCACCACUUGGCCUUGCUGCUGAUGAUCUAAAAUGCCAAGAGGGAAAACCAGAGGCAGCUGUUGAUCGCACUCUUGACUCUAAGGUUUUCAGGGGAUGGAUAGAGGUAGAUAACCCUUGGACAGUUGAUGAUGAGACAGAUAAUGGGGAGAUGACAUAUGUCAAUCUCUUGCUGAACCCGGAGCGUUACACCGGUUACACUGGUCCCUCAGCCAGGCGAAUAUGGGAUGCUAUAUACUCAGAGAAUUGUCCAAAAUAUGCAUCUGGAGAGAUUUGCCAGGAGAAAAAGGUUUUAUACAAACUAAUAUCUGGUCUCCACUCCUCAAUCUCAAUACACAUAGCUGCUGAUUACCUGCUUGAUGAAACUAAAAACCAGUGGGGUACAAAUCCAGAUUUGAUGUAUGAUCGUGUUCUACAAUAUCCUGAACGUGUCCGAAACUUGUAUUUUACUUUCCUCUUUGUUCUCCGAGCUGUAACAAAAGCAAAAGAUUACUUGGAGCAAGCUGAGUAUGAUACUGGUAAUCCUGAGGAAGACCUUAAAGCACAGUCCCUUAUUCGACAGCUACUAUACAACCCCAAACUGCAGGCUGCAUGUCCAGUUCCAUUUGACGAAGCUAAACUGUGGAAAGGCCAAAGUGGACCUGAGCUAAAGCAGCAGAUUCAAAAGCAAUUCAGGAAUAUUAGUGCUCUCAUGGAUUGUGUAGGAUGUGAGAAAUGUCGACUGUGGGGAAAGCUCCAGGUUCUUGGUCUUGGAACUGCAUUAAAGAUUCUCUUCUCAGUUGAUGGUGAAUAUCGUCAUGAUCAACAUCUGCAGUUACAAAGAAAUGAAGUGAUUGCUCUGGUAAACCUACUUAAUCGCCUUUCAGAAUCUAUCAAGCUAGUACAGGAAAUGAGCCCUACAUUUGAGAAGACAAUGAAGGGGCUAAGUCUACAGCCAGCUGCUAAGUUUAUAAGUUCGUGGAAUAGACUAUUGAAAACAGUAUUAGGAGAUAGGUUGAGGAAGCUUACAUUGUAGCGGGUCAUUUUGAUACAAUUUUGGUGUAUAAUGAUGUAAAGAAUGAAUACAACUUAAACUAUUGAAAGGUAAGAAGAUUUCUACAGCCGGAUAGCAUACAUGGAUACACAGAUUAAUCGCGGGAUCAGUGCUUAAAUUUGGAAAGACGGGAAUCCAUUACUAGGUAAACUGGAAAUUAGUAUUGUGUCACUUGAUCAUAUGUAACUUUAUGGAUCCCUUUGAAAUGUUGUAACAUUAUUGUUGAAACUAUAUCUCUGUGUUCCUGAAUGAAAAGUGACAAUUUUGCUUCUAAUAUGAAGACAAUGUUAGCAUCC